AUGAUGGAUCUACGCUACAUGUGGAUUGAAUCCCCCAAGGGAAUUUUUCGCCCAAUGUGCUCUAGCACCACUGGCGAAUUCCUUCAUCGGUUCCGCUUUGAAUUUGAGGGAUAUACUUGCGAAUGUCCUUCCAAAAUGAUCAGUGACUUUCUGCUUACAGAAUAUCAAUUUAGAGUUAUUCUUCAACUCAAAGAUGGUGAAAAAGGAGACCGCGAGAAUGAAGGAAUGCGUGAUGGAAUUAAUACCGAAUAUGUUCGGUGCGAGAGAAACCUGUAUUUCAAAGAUUCCGCUCUACCCUCUUUAACACUUGACGAGAUGCGCAGAUUCGCUAUGAAGGAUUCCAAAUGGUAUAUACGUAAUACCCUUACUAACCACUGCUGUCUCAAUGGUGGUUGUUGCGGUCAAAAUUGUGGUUGCUGCGAAAAGCGUGCAGGUCACUUACCCCUAAAAGGCAUAAAUGGACACUGUACAUGGGCCUGCCGUUGCUGUAUAGAGAGGAAAGGAUUCGGUUUUAAAGAUUACGAUGGCAAUAUCUUUGAACGGCAGUACAAGGACGAACUUGAAAGCGAUAAUCCAGUCCUUCUGCUUCGAAUGGCAGAUGGCUAUUUCUCCGCGCCUAAAUCACGACCAAGUUUAAAACCGGAAUCCAAUAGUGAUUCUACGUAUAACUCGCAGUCUACUUCCCAAGACAUUCCCCAAGAUGCAAAUAAUGAUGCAAAGGCCAUGGCUAAGGAGGAAAUCCAAGACAGUGCCGCGAAUAUAAUUUCCGAUCCUUGUCCACCGCCAUAUAAGGAGAUUGCGAAAGAUGACGAGGAGAGAAAGCAAAGGUGA